AUGGAAAAACUGAAAACCAAACAGCAGACAGAGGCCAGAAGCAAUGGCAAUACGAGAGGCGAACCCAAUCUCAAACCCAACUCCAAUCCCAAUCCCUUCAAGCGACCGAUGAAUGCACUACAGAAGCAAUGGUAUCGUGUGCUACUUGCCAGGCGUGUUGGCUUCGGUCAGAAGCCGACGCAGGAUGAGAAGGAGCCAACCUACGCUGACAUAUGCCAUAGACGCUAUAUGGCCGCAUUCCGGCGCUAUAACGAACGUUUCCGCUGGGAAAUGGCAAUGCACGAGCAGAUGCAACGCUGCGCCAUCGACGCAAUGCGCGUUCACAGAACCUUCUCCAUCACAAUGCUCUGGCUGCCAUUGCACUCGAAACGGGAAAUCAACUCAACAUUGGAAACACUGGAGAAGGUUUUGACAGUCCAGGAAAGGCGACGCCUCGAGGAGAUACUCAAACGCGGCGAAUCGCUGCGCACGCGACGCUUUUAGUAGAUCUAAUGACUACGCUCCGCAGUCGUGACUGGCAGCAUGAGUAAAGCAGCGAAAAGCACUUUCAAGUGCAGCACUUACCAGAACGACUGUCUCCAUCCGCCGCCCCCCUUUUGACUUGAAUUUCACUUUGCAGUCAGCGAGUAACUGUGCAAACUGCUUUUCCCGCUGAUGCUUAGUCGUAAAUAUUUAAUACAAAUAAAAAGUACGACUUUCACUUCAUUUAAGACACAAACCAUGUUCGGCAUUCACAAUUAUUUGCUCGGGGGAUCAGCUGCGCUUAUUCGAAUAUGCCGCAGUUA